CCACACAGCAUCGAAGCAGCAGUCGCGUCUCUCAAAAGAAGCGACAAGGCUUCUUUCUCUGUGAAGUCGCUGAAUUUGCAAUCUGAACCCAGUUCUUAUCUUUCUCUGUGGAUUUCUCAAUCUCUACCCACAGAAUCAAAACACAUAUAUGUUCAUAUAUAUAUAUAUAUAUAGGCAUAUAUAGAAGCCGAAUCUAUCUUCUUCGCGAAUUUGACUUCCUUACUGUUGUAUUCGACCGCGUCUCCGCCUCACAACCACUUCGGGCACGUAGACCGAGGCCAAGAGGAAGACGUUCAGUUCGUCGAUUGUGUUCCCGUUUCGGAACUGGAAUUCUCUCGGAAAUGGCGAAGCACGGAUAUAAAUUGCAAGAGUUCGUGGCUCAUUCAGGAGGUCUAAACUGUGUUCAUAUCGGGAAGAAGACAUGUCGACUUUUAAUCACCGGUGGGGAUGAUCAAAAAGUAAAUCUUUGGUCAUUUGGCAAGCCGGACUCUUUGAUGAGCUUAUGUGGUCACACAAGUCCAGUAGAAUCUGUGACAUUUGAUACCGCUGAGGUUUUAGUGCUUGCUGGAGCUUCUUCUGGUGCCAUAAAGUUGUGGGAUUUGGAAGAAACAAAAAUCGUUCGCACCCUUACUGGACACAGAUCCUAUUGUACUGCCGUUCAAUUCCAUCCAUUUGGUGAAUUUCUUGCCUCUGGUGCCAUGGAUACUAAUCUAAAGAUCUGGGAUAUCAGAAAGAAAGGAUGUGUUCACACAUAUAAGGGCCAUACUCGAGGGGUUAGUACUAUAAAAUUUUCUCCCGAUGGUCGGUGGGUGGUAACUGGUGGGCUUGAUAAUGUUGUAAAGGUAUGGGACCUAACUGCUGGAAAGCUCUUGCAUGAUUUCAAGUUCCAUGAGGGACAUAUACGGUCCAUAGAUUUCCAUCCCCUUGAGUUCCUUAUGGCAACAGGUUCAGCAGACAGGACGGUGAAGUUUUGGGAUUUGGAGACUUUUGAAUUGAUUGGAUCUACUGGACCGGAGGCUACAGGAGUGCGGUCAAUUACUUUUCACCCUGAUGGGAAAACCCUCUUUUGUGGGUUAGAUGAUAAUAUAAAGGUUUAUUCAUGGGAACCUACAGUUUGUCAUGAUACUGUGAAUAUGAGAUGGUCAACGCUGGGAGACCUCUGUAUUCAUGAAGGAAAACUCUUAGGUUGCUCAUACUAUCAGAACUCUGCUGCUGUUUGGGCUGCUGAAAUUUCGUUUGUUGAGCCAUAUGCAGCCGGUUCAGUUCCUGAGCUUGAUACCUGCUCUGAGCAGAAAUUUGAUCGCCAAGAAAGUCCUAUGGCGACAGUAAGGAGUCAGGGAAGGACUGCUUCAAGUGCACACUGCCGGUCUCUCGAUUAUGAUACUAAAGAAAUAAAAAAUAUAUACAUUGACACUGCAGGUGGAAAUCCAGUUGCUUCAAAAAAAGUUGGUUCUCAUACCUCUCCUAAGAUUGUAUUCCCAUCUGAUUCUAAGGAAAUAAGUCAUCUGCCAAUCCAGAAGCAGGUUCCUGCUAUUGGCAUGCAUGAGAGAAUUAUUAUGCCAGUAAAUACUAAAUCGGUCAUAGCAUCUAGUAUCAUACCUCGAGACAGUCCUGAUGGAAAAGUCUUGAGUAAUUUUAGAAGAGAAUCUAUUACCUCUGAGAGGACCAGUCCUGGUAGGUCACUCAAGCCAGCUCACAUCCGGAGCCUAUCAGCCACCCAGUUUAAUGCGAAGAUGCUGUCAGUGCCAAUUGAAAUGGAAUCUAUUACCAAAACAAUUGAUGAAACUGCUGUGAAUCCGAGGUUCCAUGACAAGCUUGUAGGAGACGACGCUAAAGAAACCUCUGGUGGAAAGUAUAUGAAUAUCAAGACUGUUGCACAAAAGUUUGAAAAAACUUUAUCAGCAGAGACACCACCUGAUCAAGAAAGCUGCAACAAGUCCCUCAAAGGCACUGAAGAGAAUAAUUCAGUUAAACUUGUUAAUGGAGUUGUACUGGGACGCACACGCAGUCUAGUUGAGAGGUUUGAAAGGAGAGAGAGAUUUAGUGAAGUUCGGACACCUGAUACAACUCCUGAUGUCACACCUAAGAUAGCUAAAACAGCUCCCUUGCCGAAUAGGCAUAAAAAAAUUGGUGGAAGGGAGUUGACAUCUUUGAGUGAUGGAAAACUUGCUGAAGGUCUGAUGCAGAGCCAUGAUGUAUUCUUGAGUACCCUUCACUCCCGCUUAACAAAAUUACAGGUGUUGCGGCACUUCUGGGAACGGAAUGAUAUUAAGGGUGCUAUUGAUGCUAUGAGGAAGUUGCCUGAUCAUUCUGUACAAGCAGAUCUGGUUGGUGUUCUCAUGGAGAAAAUGGAGAUUCUCAGCUUAGAUCUGUUUUCUCGUUUGCUACCUGUGCUUUUAAGUUUACUUGAUAGCAAAAUAGAAAGGCACGCUAAUAUUUCCCUGGAGCUGCUAUUGAAGCUUGUAGCAGUCUUUGGGCCAGUAGUCCGCUCAACUGUUUCAGUACAUCCAGCCAUUGGAGUCGAUCUUCAGGCAGAGCAAAGACUUGAGUGCUGCAAACAGUGCUUUAUCCAGCUCCAGAAGAUCCAAAAAAUUCUUCCAGCGCUUAUAAGGAGGGGCGGUUUGGUGGCGAAAUGCGCUCAAGAACUGAACCUAAUUCUUCGAGACUCAAUCUCAUAAUCAAAUCUCACCGUCCUCAUCCACUGCCAUUGAAGAAGGGAAGCUAUACCUUAUAACCACCCUUUUUAAUCACAUUGCAUGAGAUAUAACCAACCAUGUACAAACCGAGGCUUUCACAAUUUUGUCUUUGCUUCCAAUGCUUCUAACCAGCCAGAGGCGGCGGUUGGCGGCGCAAUCUCCCAACUGUGAUUAUGGAAAAUAUGAUCGGUUAUAUUGUUGUUUGUGUUGUUGAUGGUUCGUUUUUGUAUGUAAUUAAGAUGAUGGAUAUGUCAGUAAUAUGCAUAUUGAACUUGUAAGAGCCCGUUAGUACUGUUCAUUGGGUUGUCUUAAAAUUAAAAGCCCAUCAGUUUGUAUGUUCGCA